AUGGCCAGCGGUAGGCCUCCUGGGUCGCAUCCAGCCGCUGGCCGCGAUGACGACCUGCUGCUGGAUUCCGGACCUAUGUAUAGCACCGGUCAAGGACCUCCCGUGAACGACGAACACCUAUUAGAACGCUACAACAUUGACGACUCCGAACAACCGUAUGCCCAAACACAGCCGCGCCCUUCCGUCUCCUACGAUAACUUUGUCGGGUCUGGUGCACAACAGGGCGCAACACAGCACAAUGCUGCUUCUGGACCGGCGCAUCCGCCUGUCAACCCCGGUCUCCAUGCAAACGAUCCCUACUCCAGCGGUACGCGAGAUCGAAGCUACUCCCAGACCUCCGGACUGGACAAUUAUCGGCGGUACUCUUUAGAUGACUUCGACGAUGGGCAUUCCGGUUAUUAUGAUCUCGACGCGGACGAAGAUCGAAUUGCCAGUUCACACCACGUCCGCAAGGCAAAUGAGCGCAAUAGCGUCCUCGGACUCGGGGGUGGAUUGAUGGGCAGGGCGAAAUACAUGUUUGGCAUGGGGUCAUCGCAAUAUUCGGAAAUGGAUCUCCCGUUGACGGAGUCAGGCACAAGAAGGGCGACAGUCGGUAGCGAUGCUUCUCCGGCGCCGCCACCGAAGCAACGCAAGAAGCUCAAUGUAUUCGUCAGCAACUUCGUAUCGACGGCCAAGUACAACAUCUUUACCUUUAUCCCCAAAUUCCUCUUCGAGCAAUUCUCUAAAUACGCCAACCUGUUCUUCUUGUUUACCGCUGUCCUACAACAAAUCCCAAAUGUGUCACCAACGAACAAGUUCACAACUAUUGUUCCGCUGGCUAUCGUCUUGGCUGUGUCGGCGAUCAAAGAAUUGGUGGAGGACUAUAAACGGAGAAUGUCGGACAGAGGACUGAAUUACUCCAAAACCCAAGUUCUCAAGGGAUCUUCGUUCCACGAUGCAAAAUGGGUGGAUGUUGUGGUCGGGGAUAUAGUUCGGGUUGAGUCCGAGCAGCCUUUCCCAGCCGACUUGGUACUGUUGGCAUCGUCUGAGCCUGAAGGUCUAUGCUACAUUGAGACGGCAAACUUGGACGGCGAGACCAAUCUUAAAAUCAAGCAAGCCAUUCCAGAGACUGCACAUCUGGUCAGCCCGAGUGAUUUGAGUCGUCUGAGUGGACGCGUUCGAUCAGAACAGCCAAAUAGCAGUCUGUAUACUUACGAAGCUACCUUGACUAUGAAUGCUGGAGGUGGCGAGAAAGAGUUACCCUUGGCUCCUGAUCAACUCCUACUUCGUGGUGCAACGCUGCGCAACACUCCCUGGAUUCAUGGCAUUGUGGUUUUUAGUGGCCACGAGACAAAACUGAUGCGAAAUGCGACAGCAACCCCAAUCAAGCGAACAGCCGUGGAACGAACAGUCAACAUUCAGAUUUUGAUGCUUGUCAGCAUUCUCGUCAUUCUGAGUGUCAUCAGUUCUGUCGGUGAUCUCGCUAUUCGGAAAACCAAAUCUUCACAGCUUGCGUACCUCGACUAUGGGUCGGUCAAAAUGGUAAAGCAGUUCUUUAUGGACAUUUUCACGUACUGGGUGCUUUAUUCGAAUUUGGUUCCGAUCUCCCUCUUCGUCACCAUUGAAAUCGUCAAAUACUUCCAGGCCUUCCUCAUCAACUCCGACCUUGACAUUUACUAUGAUAAAACUGACACCCCGGCCAUCUGCCGCACAUCCUCUCUUGUCGAGGAACUUGGUCAAAUUGAGUACAUCUUCUCCGACAAAACAGGUACCCUUACCUGCAACAUGAUGGAGUUUAAACAAGUUAGUAUUGCGGGUAUCCAAUAUGGAGAUGACGUUCCCGAAGAUCGACGUGCCACCGUGGAGGAUGGCGCCGAAGUUGGCAUCCAUGACUUCAAAACACUUCGAGGAAACCUUCAAUCACACCCAAGCCAGAAUGCUAUUCGCGAAUUUCUCACUCUCCUUGCCACCUGUCACACUGUUAUUCCUGAGCGAAACGCCGAUGACCCAAAUGUGAUCAAGUACCAAGCAGCAUCGCCAGACGAGGGAGCCUUGGUGGAUGGUGCCGCCUCGCUGGGUUUCCGAUUCACCAACCGAAAACCGAGAUCGGUAAUCUUUGAGAUGGGAGGGCAGGAGCUUGAAUACGAACUGCUGGCAGUGUGCGAGUUCAACUCCACUAGAAAAAGAAUGUCCACUAUCUUCCGGUGUCCUGAUGGGAAGGUCCGCGUCUACUGUAAGGGUGCUGACACGGUCAUUCUUGAGCGGUUGCAUCCCGAUAACCCUACUGUGGAACCAACUCUUCAGCACCUGGAGGAGUAUGCCUCGGAUGGUCUACGGACAUUGUGUCUGGCCAUGCGGGAAGUCCCAGAAAAUGAGUUCCAGCAAUGGCAACAGAUCUUUGAAAAGGCUUCUACCACUGUUGACGGCAAUCGUGCGGAUGAACUGGAUAAAGCAGCUGAGCUGAUCGAAAAGGAUUUCUAUCUUCUGGGCGCCACGGCUAUUGAGGAUCGCUUGCAGGAUGGUGUUCCGGAUACUAUCCACACUCUCCAGACUGCAGGCAUCAAGAUUUGGGUCUUGACCGGUGAUCGGCAGGAGACUGCAAUCAACAUCGGCAUGUCCUGUAAACUCAUCUCGGAAGACAUGACGCUUCUCAUCAUCAACGAGGAGACGUCAGCAGCCACUCGUGAUAGCUUGCAAAAGAAAAUGGACGCCGUGCAGAGCCAAAUUGCCUCUGGGGACACUGAACCUUUGGCUUUGAUCAUUGACGGGCGAUCAUUGACUUUUGCUUUGGAGAAAGAUAUGGAGAAGCUCUUCUUGGAUCUGGCUGUCAUUUGCAAAGCCGUUGUUUGCUGUCGGGUUUCUCCCCUUCAAAAGGCUUUGGUCGUCAAGCUUGUCAAGCGCCACAAGAAGGCUCUUCUCUUGGCUAUUGGUGACGGUGCCAAUGAUGUGUCCAUGAUUCAAGCCGCUCAUGUCGGAGUCGGCAUCAGCGGUGUCGAAGGUCUCCAAGCCGCACGGUCUGCCGAUGUCGCAAUUGGCCAGUUCCGGUUCCUUCGGAAGUUGCUUUUGGUUCACGGAGCGUGGAGCUAUUCUCGUAUCAGUCGAGUCAUUCUUUACUCUUACUAUAAGAAUAUUACGCUCUAUAUGACUCAAUUCUGGUAUUCUUUCCAAAACGCUUUCUCCGGAGAGGUUAUCUACGAAUCUUGGACGCUCUCCUUCUACAACGUGCUCUUCACUGUCCUACCUCCAUUCGCAAUGGGAAUCUUUGACCAAUACAUUUCCGCCCGAUUGCUGGACCGCUACCCACAGAUGUACCAGCUGGGCCAGAAAGGUGUCUUCUUCAAGAAGCACAGCUUCUGGGCCUGGAUUCUAAAUGGGUUCUUCCACUCUCUCGUCCUCUACAUCGUUUCUGAGUUGCUCUACUACUGGGACCUUCCCAUGGCAGACGGCCAUGUCGCCGGCCACUGGGUCUGGGGUGAAGCUCUGUACACCGCGGUGCUGGGUACCGUCCUCGGAAAAGCCGCUCUGAUCACCAACAUCUGGACCAAAUACACCUUCAUUGCUAUCCCAGGCUCAAUGGCCCUGUGGCUGAUCUUCCUCCCGGCAUACGGUUAUGCUGCCCCGGCUUUGGGCUUCUCGCAAGAAUACUACGGCACUAUCCCUGUGCUCUUCAAGUCGCCCAUCUUCUACCUCAUGGCUAUCGUCCUACCCUGUAUAUGUCUUCUACGUGAUUAUGCCUGGAAGUACGCCAAGCGCAUGUACUACCCACAACAAUAUCACCAUGUCCAGGAAAUCCAAAAAUACAACGUCCAGGACUACCGUCCACGCAUGGAGCAGUUCCAAAAAGCGAUCCGGAAGGUCCGCCAGGUCCAGCGCAUGCGCAAGCAGCGCGGCUACGCCUUCUCCCAGGCCGACGAUGGCGGCCAGAUGCGUGUUCUCAAUGCUUACGAUACUACCCGGAGUCGUGGACGGUAUGGUGAGAUGGCUAGCUCUAGGCCCAUGGCGUGA